GCCACCCAGCCGUGUUAGUGUCCACACUACCUAUCCGAGAUGUCUGAAGUUGCCGCCGAAACUGCUGCCGCAGCGCCAGCUGCAUCGUCAGCUAAAACCAAGAAGCCACGGGCCCCGAAAGGAGAAGGCAAGCCGAAGAAGCCAUCGACUCACCCCCCGGUGAACGAUAUGGUUGUUGCAGCCAUCAAAACCCUGAAGGAACGCAACGGUUCGUCCCUGCAGGCCAUUAAGAAGUACAUCGCUGCCAACUACAAAUGCGAUGUCGCCAAGCUUGCCCCAUUCCUAAAGAAGGCCCUGAAGAAUGGCGUCGAAAAUGGCAAGUUCGUCCAAACCAAGGGAACCGGUGCCUCUGGAUCGUUCAAACUGAAAGCUGAGGCCAAGAAAGCCGCCGGAGAGAAGAAACCGAAGAAGGCCGGAGAGAAGAAACCCAAAAAGGCCGCCGGAGAGAAGAAGAAGGUAACCAAGAAGCCAGCCGGUGAGAAGAAGGCCAAAAAACCAGCAGGCGAUAAGAAAGCCAAAAAACCUGCUGCGGCCAAGAAAGCUAAGGCUGCUGGUGCCAAAGCCGCCAAGAAGGCAGGAGGUGUGAAGAAGGCUGUCCCCAAGCAGAAAGCAACCAAGCCUUCCAAGACUGCCGCCAAGAAGCCAAAGACCCCGAAGCCGAAGAAGGCCGCCCCGGCCAAGAAAGCUGCCCCGAAGAAGGCUGCCGCCAAGAAGUGAAUUUGCCAUUUCCAACGUUAACCGUACGGCACUGCACAGGAGUGCCAUACCUGUUUACCCAAUCAGUCCUUUUCAGGACUACCAA